GGGCCAUCCUGUGUGCCAACAGGGGUAUGGUGAGAGUGAUUCAGGCCCCCAAAGAAACCCCCACCUGAGAGUAGGAUGGGCUGUGCAAGCCUGACAGACUGGAGCCAGCCCCUCAUGCCAUCAUGAUGAUGGCAGAUUGCUGUGGCAGCCUGUCCACUCUCCACAGAACAGUCCUGUCUGCUCCUUCUCCUUGGCUCUCAGCCUCCCCCACUGUAGACCCCAGCAGAGCAGUGGAUGCUCUGCUUUCUGCUGCAGGGAGGCAGCUAUCCCCAGGACUGGAGUCAGCCAUGCCUAAGUACUCAAGGCUUGGCAUGCCUUUCCUGCUGUAGUGCUGAAUUGUGGGGUGGCACCCCAUGGCUCCUGCUGUAUGUGGUGUUUGUGACAUACCAGCAGUAUCAGGGUUACUGAUUGCUGAAUACGUCAGCUCCAUAAAGUAAUAAGGAACUGGUGGCCUGUUGUCUGUUUAUUCAGUGGAAAUGGGAGGGGAUGAUAAUGCCCAUUGCAACAAGUGUUCUAGUGAGAUGCUCAGGAGCUAUUUCUGGAACUGUCAGAGGGGCAACUUAAUUGCCACCUUAAGCUUUGUUCACCUGUCCUCCCACAGAGUUGGGAUCCACAGGUCAACCCUGCCUCUCCAAUGACAGGAAAAGUGAGCUAGCUCUAGAUUACCCACUGCCAGAUUCCAUAACUGUCUAAUUGUCUCCCCUUUCCUUGCCCAGUACAAAAUCUGGGUAGCAGAUUUUGGUAGAGGGGAGGGCUAAAUGAGAAAGAUAGCACUAUAUGGAAAGGUCUUUGACACAUCAGCUGAGUGUCUAUGCUAAACCUUCUUCUUUCAAAGAAACCAAUUCCAGAACAAAAAGAGAAGGAAGCUGAGGCUAUGGGUGAAUGGUACACAGCUUCGGAGAUUUCAUGCCAUUAAACCUUCAAAUAGAGCCGGAUCACCCAAGCUGCUUAAGAAAAAACAUUGACAAGUAAUAAGCAGGGUGGUGUGUGAAGAUCUGUUGGACCAGGAGGCCUUUACAGCAUGUUGGUGCAUUGUUAUGCCAUCUUGAACCUACUACAAUUUUCAAGUACCAGCUGCUUCCUUCAACUCUUCUCUGUGUACCUUAGGUUCUGUGGCUUUAAUACCCAUUACUAAUAAACAGGUCCUGGUUUUAGAGAAAGCUGAUCCUUUGAGAUCACUCUUCUUUCAGGAACCCCUUUACUUGUGGAGUCCCCUUAGAGAUGUCUGUUAACAUGCAAAUAUUCUGCAAUAAUUAACACAAUCUUGUUUCUUUUGACCCAGCAGCAUUUGACUGGGAAGACUGAGAGAGCCAGAGACAUAGGCAUAUAUAUACCUCAUAAAUCUCAGGAUAUUUAGAUUUCUCAAGGCCACAUCCUCCAUUGUCAUCUUUUGUAAACAUAUCACUGCCUUUUGACCACACCUAGGUUUUCCCUGAUGCAAUAGCAAACUAGCACUAAACCACAAAUGUGCUGGUAUCAUUUUUCAGGUAUUAUACUCACAGAUGCUUUGCGUCAUAGUGUGGGCGUAGGUUAGUGACAGUCAUACAAACUAGCCUAAGUUGGAGUUUGGAGGUACUCUGUGCCGAAGAAAAUCCCUUCAGCAUGGAGAGCAAGGAAGAAGUAGAGACACUUCUUCCGCAAGAGGAUCUGAAGCUGCUCUUCUCAGACAAGAUCUGAAGAGCUUUAGUAGACCUGCCCCAGUGCCCUUAUAACUGAGUGUGGGAAAAUAAGGGAAGAUUGGCAAGGAGGAUUGUAAAUACACUCAAUUGUCUUACAGGUGAAGUGUAGAAAAACAUAUAUAUUAUACUAAUUGUUGUUUAGUCUUGUAUGUUUGAUUAGUGGUACAUUUGUCUUUAGAUAACAUAGGCCUGUGCUAGACAUAGAGCCACGCCACUGAACAUGCUUGACAUUUCUUCUUUGCUGCAGUAAAGAUCAAAUCUCAGUUGUAAACUAUGCCUGUAAUAAUCCCUGAUAUACAUGUGAAAACAGCAGGUUUGGUGAUCCUUGAGCAUCGACCAGACUCCACAGUGCUGGCAUCCCUGUUUGUGUGCCUCUGCCUGGGUCCUGCUUUGAGGAUCCCCUGGUUGGUGAGGUCCCUUGCAAUCAUGGUGAAGUCUAGAAGAGUACAGGUGCUCCUGAUUCUGGUAGUUCUGUCCUUCCUUCUGAUCUACUUCCCACCCUGCAGCUACCAUGCCCACAUGGAAGAAAAACCUUCUCCUGUCCACAUCCUCAUUCUCUCCUCCUGGCGGUCAGGAUCCUCCUUCACUGGACAAAUCUUCAGCCAGCACCCCAGUGUCUUCUACCUGAUGGAACCUGCAUGGCAUGUGUGGGUUAAGAUGUACCAGAACAGUGCCAAUGUCUUACACAUGGCAGUGCGGGACUUAGUCAGGUCGGUCUUUCUGUGUGAUAUGUCUGUGUUUGAUGCUUACAUGUCUAGCCAGAAGAAAAAGUCUGAUUUAUUUCAAUGGGAGACAAGCAGAGCCUUGUGCUCCCCACCUGCCUGUGACUCAUUCAGUCGCAGUGACAUAAUCACUGCAGGCAACUGCAAAACAAUCUGUGGCAAGUACCCAUUCAGCAAGGUGGAGGAAGCUUGUAAAACCUAUAGCCAUGUUGCCAUUAAGGAAGUUCGGUUCUUUGACCUGAAAGUUCUCUAUCCGCUUCUCACUGAUCCAUCCCUGAACCUCAAAAUCAUUCACUUGGUACGUGAUCCUCGGGCUGUGUUCAGGUCCCGAGAGAAUACAAUGGCAGACCUGAAACGUGACAGUAACAUUGUUGUGGGGUCUCAGAAGACAAAGGGAGAAAUGGGGCCCUACAACACAAUGCAAGUAAUCUGCAAAAGCCAUGUUGAGAUAUACAAGGCAGGAAGACAGGCUGCUCCAAGCUUCCUGAAAGACCGGUAUCUGCUGGUUCGCUAUGAAGACAUUGUCAGAGACCCGCUAGCAAGGGCUGCUCAGAUGUACAGGUUUGCAGAACUCUAUUUCACACCAGAGCUUCAGAAGUGGGUGCACAACAUCACCCAUGGGAAAGGUCACGGAGCACAGGCCUUUGAUAUUGGGUCAAGAGAUGCACUGAGAGUAUCCCAGGCUUGGAGAAAGACACUUCCUUUCCAGAAAAUAGAAAAAGUGCAAAAUGUGUGCAAAGAUGCAAUGGAUUUGCUGGGCUACCGCCUUGUUCAAUCUGAAGAAGAGCAGAAAAACAUGUCUCUGGAUCUUUUGUUUGCCCAGAACUCCUCUGAGUAUCAAAUUCUGAAGGCAGAAAAGCUGGUCUCUAUACCUACUCUCUGAAGGCUGCAGAGUGCUGAACUGUUCACUAGAGCAAAAGAGGAUAGAGGUGCAGGCAUAGAAGUGUAGGAAUGUGUGCAUGGAUGUGCAUGGAUUCAAGGACAAGUGGUACAAGAACCCUGACUACAUUCAGGAGAGCUCUCAGCAGCACAGGGUCACUCUCUAAGACCCCUGGAGAUUCAACCACAAUGUAGGCCAAAGUAAUGCAAGUUUGUUUUCCAAAUUAAUUAUGUUUAGGUUGGAGCAUACAGAAUGUGAAAGGAGUAGGACCAGAUAGCAGAAGCUCAAGCCCCCUCCACAGACCACAGCUGAAGACUAGGGAAACCACAUGGAGCAACUGUGCUGCAAAGGAAGAGGAAAUAUAAAAGGAAGCUGAAUAAAGAAACCUUUACUUGACAUGCUGCCACGCAGGAUAUGUAGUGCCAGAAAAGACGUGAGGAUGACCAGACAUUUGGUUUCUGGAAGGAUGUUGGGAAUUGGGUUGUUUUUUUUGAAUGGUUGAGUUUUCAAGACCAGUUUUCUUUUUGCUUCAUUUGUGUGCCUGAGUAUCCACCCUUGGUGGCAAAAGUAGGGAAAUGUUUGUGUUCACGUAGUGUAUAAUGGGAAAAUGGAAUAAACCAGCUAUUGCUGAAAAUAGUAACUCCUGAGUUUUCAUGUGAGAAACCAUUUCUGGGAUUAUGUGAAUCCAUUUAUUUUUUAGCUGAAAUUAUUCUGUCUUUUAGCUUUCAAACCCAAGAACAGUUGUUUUCCUGGGAAUUCCCACAGUCCACAUGGGUGACAGAAGAAUUUGUGCUAAGGUUGAGAUCCUAAAGACAAGGUACAGAUAUGGAUUUCAUUGGCAUAAAUACCAAAACUGAGAAGAUAGGUUAGUAGGAGCGGAUUGAAGAAACCAAGAGAAGAUCAGGAAGUUGUCCCAUUGAAAUAUUUGGUGAGAGUAUUUCUUGUCUUGGAGCACAAAAAAAUGUUUAAUGGACUAUGCUAUUCUCCACUGUCUCCAUUGGAAACGCUAUUCUCCCACCUCCAAUGAAAUAUAUGGUUCAAACAUGAACAGAAUUGUUUUCACCUGGUUUUAAGUGUUCCAGAAGACAAGGAGAAAAACUUGUUACAAGAUCUGGGGAGGAGUGAAGUGCCUGCAGAUAUCUAUUUCUGAACAUCCUCUCUCAUGUGUAAAUUGCAGAGUCUAACACAUGUCUACAGAACACAAGCUACCUUAGCAAUAUGGGUAUCUGUAUUUCUAGAGCUAAACCCCUAAUCCCUGAAAAGGGCAGGAUACCGUAUUAUGGAAAUAAUAGUGUUAUUACUAGGGAUCUUGUUGAAGGACAAAAUCCAUGCUGAGCAGGCAGCACUGGAAUCAUGGUAGUAAGUUCUCUGAAAGCAAGGUAGCUUUCAGCAUUUACACUGUGUUUAUGCAAAUUUAGGGCAGGCAAGCUGACAUAGAGAAGUGGGAGUUAUACUGUACCAGAGAAGCACAGACUCAUUGUUUUUCUUUAUAGUCUUUAAAACAGAACUUUACAUAUUCAGCUAAAAGCAGAUAAAAGCUCAUUCUCACUGAAGUCAUAGUAGAGAGCUUCCUACUUUAAGUGCCAAGAAGCCAGAUUCUGAGGAAAAAUAGAUUCUUUCCAGUACAUUGCUAAUUAUCCCUACAUUAACCAAUGUCAGCUUGAGCAGCUUAUUAUGAAUACUUGUUUCCAGUGGACACAAUCGUGUGCCUCAAGUGUUUACCCGAAUAAAAACCUUCAGUGUUUCCAGUCAGUAAAAAAAUUACAUGAAAGUAACUUAUGAUGCAUUUCCCUAAUGUAUUGUUUUGAAAAUUACUUUCACUUCUGCUUCCUAAGCUUAAUCAGAGAAAAUGCAGAGAACGAUUGUUUUCAGUGUAUCUUUAUUACAGUCCUUUAGGUGUGCUUCCUCAAUACAACAAUUUGUAAGAUUUUCUUUUUUUCUGGAAACAGCAAAGUCUGUUGCCAGUCUGGUCACAUGAAAAUUUAAAGCUGUCUUAAUGCGAGCAAAGAUAACUUAAAAUACUUUUUGGAGGAGGAAAAAGAAAACUCAACAAAACCCCCCCAAAAAUCUCAAGAUGCUGAUGAUGAGAUGUAAAAACUAUGACUACAUCCCUUGGCAUAUGAAAUAAAGAUCACAGAAGUCUGUUUAGAAACAAACAUUAAGUUUAUAUGGUACAAGUUUAGAAGAGUAAACUGUUUUUAUACCAGUGAAAUGUAAGUCUCCAGUCAAAAGGACAUUUAAAAGCUAAAUCUGUGGUAUUCCUGUCUGUUGCUCUUCAAACUGGUGCAUAACAUCAGUUUUUCAUUGGUAACUCUAGUUAUGAAAGCACAGAAAUUAAUUGAUUUUGAUGAAUGCUGGGUAACUCUAAAAGGAAG